AUGCGUUUCAUCAUCUUUCUAUUCAUCGCCUUGGCUUUCUUGGCCGUUAUCAAUGCGUUUUCGUUGAGAAAAAUGUUCGAAGAGGAGAAUUUGAUUGAAAAAGUCAACGUAAAAGUGCAAAAAAGAUCGGCCGAAUCGACAGAAAGUGUUGAAGAAGGCUCUGGAGAACGGAUCGUCCGAGAAGCUUCUGGAGAGGAAGUUGAGGUAAGCUAAUUCAAAAAUAAAAAAAAUUGUUUGUAAGGAAAGUUCUUGUUAUUUUUUGAUUUGUAAAGAAAGUUCUUGCUAUUUUGUUGUAUGUAAACAAACUUUUUGCCAUUUUAAGUUUGUAAAGAAAUUCCUUGCCGUUUUUCAUUCUGUAAAGAAAGUUCUUGCCAUUUUACGAUUUGUAAAGAAAGUUCUUGCCAUUGUAUGAUUUGUAAAGAAAGUUCUUUUCAUUUUUUAUUCUGUAAAGAAAGUUCUUGCCAUUUUCUGCUUUGUAAAGAAAGUUCUUGCCAUUUUACGAUUUGUAAAGAAAGUUCUUGCCAUUUUCUGCUUUGUAAAGAAAGUUCUUGCCAUUUUACGAUUUGUAAAGAAAGUUCUUGCCAUUUUAUGAUUUGUAAACAAAGUUCUUUCCAUUUUGUGUCUUGUAAAGAAAGUUCUUGCCAUUUUCUUUUAUUUUUUAAAAUUCAAAUUCCAGGAAUCCCGCCACAAGCGUGAAGCCGACGUCGAAGGUUCUGGAAUUGAAGUCAAGGACAGUGUAGCCAAACGUGAAGCUGAAGUUGAAGGAUCGGGAUCAGAGGUUGUUGUCCGAAGACGUCGUGACGUUUCAUCCGAGUCUUCGGAAGAAGUUCAUGGAUCUGGCCACGGCUCUGGCCAAGAAGUUGUUGUCUAA